GGGGUUUUUGGGGGGAGAGAGAGAGAGAGAGAGAAAAAAAAAAAAAAGGGGAAAACUGAGAAAUUAUUUAUUGGCUAGUUUCGGCUUAAUUGCAUUUGUACUAUAGUCAAUUUUUCAAGGGAACAAAUGCCAACCCUAUGAUUUUAGUAAGAGUCAUCUUUUAUGGGUUUAAUGUAUUGGAUGGGUGCAUGGUUAAAUGGAACAGCUGCUAUUUUGCGUUGUGGUUUGGAUUCAUUACCUAUGAUUUAUCUUGGACUGCCUGUUGGUGCAAACCUUGGAAGAAGAAAGUUGCCUGUUGAUAAGGGUGGUUUAGGUGUGGCUGAUGUGGGAUUGAGGAACGAGGCUUUGUUAGGUAAGUGGUGGAAAAGGUUAGAAGAUGGGAAAGUGGGGUUGUGGAAGAGGGUAAUUUGGGAGAAGUACUAUGAGGGAUGGGUCAAUGAAGGAUAUGGGUUAUUGAGAUGGGGAUGUUUGGCAGUGGAAGAUGGAGUGCAGGACAGCUUGUAUGGACGUAUUCCUUCUAAAGUGUCUAUUUUUGGGUGGAGAUUGCCUUUGAAUAGGCUAGCUACAAAGAAGAAGCUUAUUAGGAGGGGGGUGGAAUCGCAAGGGGUGGAUGAAGGUCGUGGUUUAUGUAGAUUAAUGGUUGAAGAAUGGGAUCAUUUGUUGUGUAUGUAGGGAAGUCUGGUUAUUAUGGAUGCAGGUGCUGUACGUUGUGGUGGGGUAUGGAGGGUGUUUUUCCUAAUACUGUUUGGGGAUUGGUGGAGUAUUGGGUGAUAGGUGUAGGUGGGCAGUUGUGUGGACAAGAGGUGGCUGGACUUAUAUUUUUAGUGGUAAAUUGGUAUAUUUGGUGCUGGAAAAAUUCAAAGGUAUUUGGGAUUGAAAUGUGUUCUAGAGAAAAUAUGUUGGGAUCUAUUCAAGCCGAAGCUUUUUUAUGGAUUAAAAGUAAGGAAGCUGGAUGUGCAUUCUCUUUUUGCAAUUGGACUAAAAGGCCGGUGGAUUGUGCCAAGUUCAGAAAAAAUAAGAAGGUUUUUAAAGUGCAGUGGAGUAUGUUGAUGGUUUUGUUUGCAGGAUGGAAUCUUGUUUUGUUAUGUAUUUUAUUCAAUUUAUUAGGUUAUAAAGGAUUUAUGUUGAU